AUUCGACCCAUUUGAAACGUAACGCUACAGGGUAGCUUUUGGUUCGAGGGAUGGCCACGGCAUUUGAAACUGAAAUGGGUGUAUUACCCGAACUAUCUAAGGCUGUACAAGAAAUGGACUGGAUUUUGCCUACCGACAUUCAAAGUGAAGCUGUUCCCUUAAUUCUCGGUGGAGGUGAUGUUUUAAUGGCUGCUGAAACCGGAAGUGGAAAAACAGGAGCAUUUUGUUUACCUGUGCUUCAAAUUGUAUAUGAAACACUUAAACUUCUCCAAUCUAAUAAACAGAACAAAGCUAAUAUCUUAUCAAAACAUUCAAGCGGCCAGAUGAAACUCAAUGUAUAUGAUCGUACCGAUGCUAUGGCAAUUGAUACCAAUGGGUUGCUUUGUCAAAGUCGCGAUCCGGGUGGAUGGCACGGAGCUAAAGCAAAUCGUGGAGUAAAAUGUUCAGGUCGUUAUUACUAUGAGGCGCAUGUAACUGAUGAAGGGCUAUGUCGGGUCGGUUGGUCAACUUUGAAUGCAUCACAUGAUGUUGGAACUGAUGCUGAAAGUUUCGGCUUCGGUGGAACUGGUAAAAUGUCUCAUCGUCGACAGUUUGAUUCGUAUGGUGAGGCUUUCGGGAAAGGAGAUACUAUUGGCUGUUUCUUGGAUCUUGAUAAUGGAUCCAUAAGUUGGUCAAAAAAUGGUAAAAUAUUUGGAAAAGCGUAUGACAUCCCAGCUCCCUUACGUUCUAAAGGAUUGUUCCCAUCAGUGUGUUUAAAAAAUGCUGAGUUAAGAUUUAAUUUCGGGGAUAUUGCAUUUGAUUUCCCACCACCAAAUGGUUGGAUAGGUAUCAGUUCUUGUCCAGAAACAAACUAUGUUGAAACUACUUUUACAGCUACUUCAUCUGGCUCAGUCUAUAAGUCUAAACCAAAUGCCCCACUGGCUUUGAUUAUUGAACCUUCUCGUGAACUAGCAGAACAAACUUAUGAACAAAUUAAAAAAUUUAAACGUUAUUUAAAAGAUCCACGUCCUCGUGAGUGCUUGUUAAUUGGUGGUGCCAACAGUAAACAACAAAUGGAUGAAUUACAUUCUGGGGUUGAUAUUGUUGUGGCUACUCCCGGACGCUUGGAUGAUCUUAUUUCGACACAGUCUCUUCUGUUAAGCAACUGUCGUUUUUUUGUCUUGGAUGAAUGUGAUGGUCUUCUGUCUGCUGGUUAUGGAGAUAUGGUUUCUCGAAUACACAAACAAAUACCUAAGGCUACUGCUGAUGGAAAUCGUUUACAAAUGAUUGUUUGUUCGGCGACUCUUCAUUCCAUGGAUGUUAAACGAUUAGCUAAUAAAUUGAUGCAUUUUCCUGUAUGGAUAGAUUUAAAAGGUCAAGAUAGUGUCCCAGAAACGGUACAUCAUGUGGUGUGCCUUAUUGAUCCCAACAAUGAUACAUCGUGGAAAGAAUUAAUGAAAUCAAAUAAACAUAUACAAACAGAUGGGGUCCACAUGAAAGAUCAACUUAAUCCUAAUUCGAGUACUCCAGAGGUUUUGUCAGAAGCUGUAAAAUUACUAAAAGGCGAGUAUGUCAUUCGUGCAAUUAAACAGCAAAAUAUGGAUCGCGCACUUAUUUUCUGUCGUACAAAAUUGGACUGUGAUAAUCUGGAACAGUAUUUCAUAUCAAUGGGUGGUGGACCUAAUCGUCGUGAUUCACCAUUUACUUGCGUUUGUCUUCAUAGUGAUCGAGCUCCUCCGGAACGUAAAGCAAAUUUGCAAAAGUUCAAGAAUGGAGAUGUUCAUUUUCUUAUAUGUACAGAUGUUGCUGCACGUGGUAUCGAUAUAACUGGUCUCCCAUAUGUAAUUAAUGUGACAUUGCCAGAUGAAAAACAAAAUUACGUGCAUAGAAUCGGUCGUGUAGGUCGUGCUGAAAGAAUGGGUCUGGCGAUCAGUCUAGUUUCAACUGUCAAAGAAAAAGUAUGGUAUCACUCUAAUUGUUCUACACGUGGUCGUGGCUGUUAUAACACUCGUUUGUUAGAUCAAGGCGGUUGUUGUACUUGGUACAACGAGCCUAAUUUAUUAAACGAAAUUGAAGAACACUUAGGUGUGACCAUCGAUACGGUGGACAAAAAUUUAACUAUACCCGUGAAUGCAUUUGAUGGGAAAGUUGUAUAUGGUCAGAAAUUGAAGAAAAUGGCACCGAAAUAUGAAAGUCAUGUGAAUAUUUUAGCAUCUUCCGUUAAAGAACUGGAUAAUCUUGAAAAGCGAUCACAACAAGAUUUUUUGCGUUUACGAUAUGACGAAGAAUUAGCAAUAUGAAAUUAUAUGGAGUUAAUUUCUCAUUAAUUGAGUUAUUGUUACUGUUUUUUUAUUUUGCUGAGUUUGUUUACUUCUCCUUCGUAAUAACACUACUGAUAAUAAUGAUUGUUAUUAUUAUUAUUCACUUGUAAUUUUGCCAACAAAUGAAUUAGUGGAAUUGGUCUGUUGAUAUUAUACUUAAAUACACUGGUUAAUUGAUAUGAUAUUUUAAAUUAACAUCUAGGUUGUAAUGUGUAUGUCUUUCACUUAUUGCGCAAGCUCGCCAUUUAAAAUAUAAAUUUUGAUGUGAAUGUUCUGAGUAUAACCUAAAUAAACAGUUGUUUAUUGGAUUACUUGUGUAUUUCAGGCAAUUAACUAAAUUUUACUCGAGAAGUAAUACUGUUAUUCACAGAUGUAUAUCUAAUUAGUAUGGCUCGUUUAAUUGUAAUGUCCAGUUUAUCAGUUUUUUGUAUUUAGACAAAUUAGAUUGCUCUUUUGAGCUUUGAUCUAUGAAAACGAACUCCCUAUACUUUGAUACAGCAGGUGCUGAUUUCCAUGUACAAAUCCACAAUUUAUUACAAAUAAGAUAUAUAUUACGACAUAUUAUAAUUCAUUCAAAAUCAUAUUAACACAGCUGGCUACCUAUUUAACACAUUUUGUAUGAUGACUUCCUUUUACUAAAUGGUAUAUCGACAUCUUAAUGAUCAUAAUAUGGGCUUUGAGUACUGAUUGUUUUUGUAUGGAAACUGAACAUCAGAUUGUCAACUGUUUCAUUUAAGAAUAAUCUGGUUGAAAAGAACACUCAAUCUUCUAUUCUUAAUUCAAAGCAAGUAUCCCCUUUGAUAUAUUUCGACAAAACAACUUCAUCUUCUCAUUGUUCUAUCGGAAUUCUUAAUUCGAUUAAAGGCGGUCUGAGUCAGUUCGCUCUCCAUUAUUCAUAUUUUCAGUAGACUAAUUUUUCUUAGAAAAGGUGAAUAAAAUAACUGGUGUUAUAGUCUUUUCAAAUAUUUAGAUCACACUAUAAUUGAUAGGUUAACUUGCUGUAGUAUAAAAUGUUUGAAUUUCAUUAUAUGAAAUGGUUUAUUACAUAAACCACUAAAAUUAAUCAUUAAUUAGUUAAAAUAUUUCUAGAUAAGUUGUUGUCGCUAAAUGUCUACGGGUAUUUUUCUGAGUUUAUAAAGUGACUACUAAAAACUAACUACAUACUUUUAUAAAUCUUCAAAUGUUUUGAAUUGAUAUACGAAAUUGGCGCUUAAAUAUUUUUUUUACCCAAUUACGACUUAAGUAACACAUUUCCAAAACAUAUUUUAUUAUUAUUAUAAGCUUUAUUCAACAUUAUAUUUUUGGUACAAUAUUGAAUUCUCAGCAUAAAGUAUUUCAACAAGUUUCCUUUUCUUAUAUCUUGAUCGAUCCUGACGAUAAAUAUUGAGUGAUGGCCAGUUAGAUGUUAGGAGUUCGAUAAUCGACAUCUGAAUAAUGUUCAUUCGUUUCAAUGCAUAUUGCAAGCCACCUUAUGUCUCUGGUUGUACCUUUUUGUAAUCCGUACAGCGAAAGAUUGUAAACUUUUCAUAAACGCGCCUGAAUAGGUUGUGAGCUCAAUAGACAUAAUAAUGUGUUAAAACAAACAAAAAAACAGAUAACUUGACGAAAUAUCUAGAUGGGAGGAACAGGUAGUCCAGAUAUUCAAGCAGGCCGCCGAUGACAUAAUUCGAAUUAAUUAUAAAUGUCUAGUACAACAUUUUUACUGUUCAAUUGCUAGAAAACUGACCGAACAAUUUAAUUAUUUUGCAGUAGUGUUUUAUUCAAUUGAUCUUCCAAAUGUUAUUUUCACUUGUGCAUAGUAAACAUGGAUCAUUCUUUCGUAGUUAUUAAAUUCAAGUUUAUUUUUUAAAAUUUUUCUUCCAACAUUUAAUACAUUUACUUAAUCUGCUAUGUCCAUAAUUUCUAUUGCAUAAAUUAAUAGUAGAUUUGAUUUGUUU